AGGCGUUCGUCCAAACAGGAAGAAACUGGGAAAAACACCUCGAAGAGAGAGAUGGAGUUACCUGUAACGGACGGACGCCGGAGACCCCGCACAGGAGACUAAACACCCGGAAGGAUUUUAAAAACUACUUUCCCUCCGUGUCGGAGGAGUGUGGACGGUUUCCGGGGAACUCUGAGGAUCCAGUCCGCAGUCAGCAGCGCUGUUUGGGGGCUGACGCAGGAAGGCGGGGGGCUGUCAGAGGAGCUAGGCUAGGCUAGGCUAGGCUAACAGCUUCAGCUCCCGGAAAGAAAAGUAAAAACAUGGAUAAACUUUUUGUGGCAUUAAAAUGAGCAGCAGCCUUACUGUUAAACUGUUCAGUAGAUACAAAUAAUAACUUAAACGCCUAAAGAAAGUGUUAGCUGCUAGCGUUGGCAUUGCUAGUUAGCCAGCUAGUUAGCUCCCAUGAAGGCUUGUCAACACAACAACAAGCUGUGACAGCAGGAGAGGAAACACAACAACAAGCUGUGACAGCAGGAGAGGAAACACAACAACACACUGCACCUUAACUCUCCUGCUAAUCUGAUGAAUUACACCUUAAUUAUCAUUAGCAUGUUAAUUAGCAGAAAGCUAUUUGCUGCUUCAGGCUACAAACUUGCAGGUUUUUUUUAAUUUUGAUAAUUAAAUUACUUUUCCGUUUCUCUCGGUGUUUUUUCCGGGAGGUGUUUGUUCGUUGGUUGGAGGUAACUUUGAAUCCCCGUGCUGUUCGGUGUGUUAGCAUGGAGACACAGCAGCCUGGCAGCAGCUCGGAGCGGUUACAUAACACCAGCAGGUCGCGGGAGAAGCUGCUGCUGAACGUCUCCUCCUCCUCCUCCUCCUCCUCCUCAGCCUCCUCAGCCCGGCUUUGACAGCUGUAACCUGCUCUGACAACCGCCCCCCCCCCCCCCCCACACCUCCUCCCCGCCACACACGGACACACACACACACACACACACACACACACACAGAGACAGACGGCACAGCAGCAUGGAGGAGGUGUGAGCCUGCAGGGAGAAACAACACAAAGCUGAAGAUGGAUUCAAACCCGCUCAUAAACGCCAUGGACCCGUCCAUCACGCUGUGGCAGUUCUUGCUCCACUUGCUGGAGGACCAGCGGCAGCGUCACCUGAUCUCGUGGACGGGCGAGGACGGAGAGUUCAAGCUGCUGGACGCCGAGGAGGUGGCUCGCCUGUGGGGGCUCCGCAAGAACAAGCACAACAUGAACUACGACAAACUGAGCCGAGCGCUGCGGUACUACUACGACAAGAACAUCAUCAAGAAGGUGAGCGGUCAGAAGUUUGUUUAUAAGUUUGUGAGUCAGCCCGACCCCUCGCUGCCUGACGGCGUCCGCAACGGAGACGACAUCCAGAGGAGGGACAUCGCCGACUCCAACAGCCAGUCAAAAGUCCCGGGGGGCGUGUCUUCAAACUGCCAGUCAAAGGGUUUACCCCAGCGCUCGUCCCCCAGCAGCUCGCAGAAAAGCUCCCGUAACGACUACAUGAAGUCCGGCCUCUACUCCACCUUCACCAUCCAAUCGCUGCAGUCCUCGCCGAACCCACGGCCAAUCAAAUCGGAGCUGCUGAUACAACCGGAGCCCGCCCUCAAGGUGGAGCGCCCGCCCAGAGAGGUGUUUGUGUUGGCAGAGUCUAAACACGCCACGUCUGGAGGGGGAGGGGUCGACUCUGCUCUCCAGGUGAUCGUCACUCAGCCGUCUCCGUGUCCCACUCCGGCUCUCAGCCCGCAGAUGCCCUCCAACACAAGCAGCCAAUCACAGAAUCCUCCUGCUCCUCCCCUCAGCGACCCUCCUCAGAUUUAUCUCACCAGCGUUGGGGACCCGUCCUCCCUCACCCCCCUCAUCCCCCUCGGCCCCGUCGGAGGCUCUGUGAGCCCUGCGCCUCCUCCCCACGUGUCCAUGGGCCCCCAGGGGGGGGCUCAGCAGGACGACUGCGGUGGAGUCACCAACCCGGCCAGCUUCCCGCCUCACCCCCAGGCUGCCCCUCACCCGUCUCACCCCCCGCCCGUCUUCGUCAUCAUCAACCCUCCUCCUCCUCCUCAGCAGCAGCAGGCGGCCAUGACAGCCGCUCCUCCCUCCUUGGCGGCUCCUCCCCCCGCCCGUCCCCCUCCUCCCCCCAUCGUGAUAAAGGAGGAGAACCUGCCGUCGGAGGAGGAUCUUCUGGAGAUGGUGUCUCUGGAGGAGAAGCAGGGCGAGGAGGUGCCUCAGCUCAUCUGUUCAGGCGAACCAGAGCCCCCCCUCACCAUCGUGGAGAGCCCGCCCCCUCCCUGCAUGGAGCCUGUGGAGGGAGGUCAGCAGCCUGCAGGGGCGAGGGAAGCAGAGGGGGAGAGAAAGGACUCGCUGACAGAGUCCUCCGUCCCUCCUGUGACCUCCUCGUCCUUGUCCUCUGCAGUGACUCCUGCGGUGUCCUCCUCCUUCUCCUCCUUCUCCUCUUCGGACGCCGCUCCUCCAAAACCAAAGAAGCCGCGGGGCCUGGAGCUGCCGUCCUCCCCCUCCCUCCCCCCCGGCCUCUCCCUGGAUAAGGUGAACGCAGCUGUUAACAGUUUAUUGGCUCCUGGAUCAGCGACCAACACGCUCACGCCGACCGUCAUCACCUCCCACGCUCUGACGCCGGUCCUGUUGACGCCCAGUCCGCUCCCCUCCACCAUCCACUUCUGGAGCACGCUCAGUCCCAUCGCGCCGCGCUCACCGGCCAAACUCUCCUUCCAGUUUCCCACUAACGGCAGUAAUCAGAUCCACAUCCCGGCUCUGAGCGUUGACGGACUCUCCACCCCCGUCGUCCUCUCCCCCGGACCCCAGAAACCCUGAGACCCCCCCCCCCCCCACUCUUGUCCUCUCGCCUCACACUGCUCCUCACCUGCUCAGACUUCACCUCACACACACCCCCCCCCCCCCCCAGAGGGCCGGAGGAGAACUGCAUCUGAUUCAGACUCGCUCCAACAGACCAGGAGCCUGACGGGUAAGACUGGGAGGUUUGAUGGUUUCACUGGUGGAAAUAUUCACAGCUGGAGGAUUCAGAAACAAACCAGAUGUUCCGAGGGACGGAUGUCUGGGCUUCAUCCUCCUUGAAUCCUUCUUCACGUUCUUUUAGUUUCUGUAGCGGUGCUCGAACAUUAAGACAACGAGUGGCGGGGAAACCGGGACCCUUCGUCGAACUUGAACGCAUCACGAAAAGAAAAAAAAGGGAAUCAGGUCUGAAUGUGGACGCCACGAUGGAGGGCUUAACCUUUGGGAUGAAGAUGGAUUUUCAAAAUAAAACUUGGUUUUGAAAAUGAUGAUUUUUUUUUUGGGAGAGAAAAGAAAAUCAGAAAACUGGAAUUUUUACUGGAAACUUUACAAACUCAUGCGGCUCGACUGACGGAGCAGCUCAAACAUUUAUUAUUAACCCCUUAAAGUUUGAGCUGAGGAAACGCUGAGACGCAGAUUUUUGUUUUGGAUCUUUUGUUGAAUGGUUAUUUAUUCCCGUUUCCUCUGGAGGGUCGUUCCUGUUUCCUCGCCAUGGCUCCUGACUGUCCUGGGUGCGUUUGAUUUAUUCACUCCCAGAUAAAAAAACAUUUUAUAAACUCGUGCGCUGGAGUCGACUAAGGUUGUUUUUUUUUCUUCGCUCUUAUUGGCCUCUUUUAAAGGCCAUGCCUUCCUCCGGUUAUGCAUGGCCUGUUAUUUGACCGAGCUCCUCUGCAUCACCGACCAAUCAGAGAGGAGCGAUGAGGAGGAGGAGGAGCGUUCUUACAGCCAAGGUGUUUCUCUGUAACGUCUCUACGUGUGUCAGAUUGUAUAUUUUCUACAUCGGAGGAGAGAAACCUCCCCGACUGUUUUUCUACGGAGGUCACGUUCCUCUGUGAGGGUUUAAAGGGUUAAUUCAGACUUUUGUUUUAUGGAUGGAGAGAUGAUGAUGAUGAUGAUUCAUUCCUGACGUUCUGUAGACUUUCAGCUGCUCUUUCUGUUUCCUGUUUUUUUGUUCCUGAACGCCGCGGACGCUCGGGUUUGAGUCACGCUGUCAGAGAUUUAAGAAGACGAGACUUAAGUCGUUUUGUCUCUGAAAUACUUUCUAAAGCAUCUGAACGUCUUCUCUACGGAGGCGUUUUAGAGCCAAAAUGAUAAUGAGAAUAAUAACGAGAGAAAGACGCCGUGUCCACCUGGCGUUUAAAAAAAUUAAUAAAUAAAUAAAAUAAAAAAAUGUAAACGAGGAGAGAGCGUUUGCAGCAGCACUGAGAAAAAGCACAACGCCAGCAUCUAUUUUUGGAGUGCUCCGCCUCUUUUGUGCGGCUGCUCCGAGCGCUCAAGUUGAAAAUCUUUCAACUUUUCAGAAAGGCGCUGAUGAUGUCACCGGCGCUCUUUUCCCCGUAGUUUAGCCACCUACAGACCGUGUCUUGUACUCACAUCGUCCUCGCUCCGCGUCUGAUCAGGAAAUAAGCGGCCAGUCAUCAGACUGUUGUCAUGGAGACAGGACGGACGUGCAGCGCUUUUCUUCUUAAACGCUAAAAGCACGCUAAACACUCCGGAGCGCACCCUAACCCAGAGUUUUACUGCCCCCCCCCCCCCCCCCCCCCCCAAAAAAAAAGGGCCAGGUGGACACUAGUGUUGUAGUCAAUUUUUUGUUGCCAUGGUAACCAAACAGGUUGUUACUGUCAUUGGAUUUUAACUAGAAACACAUCAAACUUUAAUAUUCUGUUACCAUGACGACCCACACUGGAUCUAAACCUUCACGCUCACAGUGAAAAACUUCUGUUACUCGCUUGUUUCUGAGAGAACGCGGCAUGUUCCUCAGAGCUUUUUACUCCGAGACGGCGGCUCCUUUUGAGAGCAGCGUGUGUCGAGGUCAGCCCUGUGGUUAUCACAUGACACGUCACCACGGUUAGUUAUGUUUUCCUGUGGAGGAUUCACAAAACGGGUCGAUCCCGAGCAGCGCUGACCUCUGAUUGGAUAGAGUCCGCUGUGUUCGAUCGCCUGGGCGUUUAAGACUGAAGGUCACUCAUGCAAACAUCAAAA